AUGAGCUCGAUACGUGCUCUUCUGAGGACAUCGGGCUACAACCCCGUAGCUCUCCCGACUCUUGACUGCCCUCAAAAAGUUGGCGAGGAUGGGCUUGAACCUCAAGACGCGGACCAGCUGGAGAAGGACGAACAAGCAGACGAUGAAGGGGUGGAGGGGGAUGGACAGAAUGUGGACGAGGAUGUUCAGAUGGAAGAUGUCUCAGUGAAGCAGAAGCCAUCAUUGAACCUCCAGAAAGAAGCAGGCCCGCUUCUGGAUGUCGCAGAGAGUAUGGUGCUUCCAUAUUCCUUGACACAAACUCGCCACCAUCACUUGACUUCACUUCUCCCGCUCGCAUUCACCCACCCGCCUAUCCCAUCGCACAACAAGCCGCGAGCCAAGCCCUUGCCUAAAGGUGUCUUCAUGUUCCCGACUCCUCUUCCGCUCGUCCACCCACUUCCAACGCGGGAAUACUAUGGGCCUAAAGAGUCUGGCAUAAUAGGCAACCUCUCCCCAUCCGCGACGCCCCCUCCGACGCCGACACCUGUCCCGCCGCCUGCCAAACGGAAGGGGAUGGCAGAGGUGAUCGAACCGCCUGCUCAUGAGAUCGAGUGUAUCGCUCGGGUCAACGUCUCGUUCGGACCUAUGAGCUUUCCCAACACCGAGCUCUGGAUUGGGCGGUUCGUAGAACCCAGAGCUGCGCGAACCAAGAAGGAGAGGGCCAAGCCGGGAGAGAAGAAAGAGAGGGAACGAAAGCGGAAGGAGGAAACAGAUAGAGCCAGGCUUGCUGGAAGGACGAAUAUACCGCCCAGGCCGACAGUUGGGAGACCCCCGGGACCUAGUAAUUAUCACGCCCGGCCGCCUCCAAGGCCACCUGCCGCCGCGCCCAGGACUUCUGCUUCACCUGCUUUGAUCCAGCUGGUCAAUCAGGCUGCUUCGCGGCACCCAUGGCUGUCGUCUUUGAUCUACAAAGCUGCGGGAAGUACGGCAAAUCAGGAAGAGCUUGAGAGGUUGGGAAGAGCAGUCGCGAGAUUGAGCAAGGGGGAACCCGUAGAUGAUCUGGCCCCGCCAGGUGAAGCCAGUCCACACGCUGCCGGAGCCUCGAAGCCAACGUCUGCAGCCACACCGGCUGCAUCAUCCUCCUCGGCCAAACCUUCCGGAACCGAUGCUUCCAAACCGUCGACUUCCACAACCGAGAAGGGGAAGGAGAAGGAGAAGGAGGAAGAGAAAGAGAAGGAGACUCCCACAACCGAGAAGGGGAAGGAGAAGGAGAAGCCGAAGACGAAGGACGACGACUCGGAUAGCGAGGUGGAUAUGAAGGGUCCGAAAAUGGUCGGCGGGGGUCCACUCCCGACCCAGGCUCCCAGUACAGCACCGAAAGCUACUCCCGCCUCUGCUCCUCCACCCAAGACAACUCCUGCCCCUGCUCCUACAGCGGCGCCAUCAGUUGCGAGACCACCAGCACACUCAGUCGUACGGCCACCACCUGCUGCCCAAGUACCACGCCCACCCGGCAACAUCCCUUCUUCCAGCAGCAACGCCCCCACAGUCCAAAUCCUCUCUUCAGUCACCUCCGUUCCACCUAAACCUUACGUCCAACCACCACCACCCUUCCUGCUGCUGGCAUUCAAAGAACACCCCACCGACAAAUUCGUCAUCCCUCUGGGGACAAAGAGUUUCAUAAGCCGCGUAGGUGGUGAUUGGGUCACUAGCAAGCCGCCUCCUGGACUUCCCCAGGUCGCUGCUAGUGAGCCAAAGGAAAAGGUGCAUGCGAGAAAGACGGAGGCGGAAGCUCUACAAGCAGAGGCGCAGAAGAAGAUGGAGGCUGAGCGGGUUCCGGCUGUUGAGAUUCCUUACAAGAAAAGGGGAGGACCACGAGCAGCCGCAGCUAAACCUGCGACGCCAGUGACUCCAGCUGUUGUCCUACCGCCACCAGCCGAACCUAUUACCACAGAAAGUGCUCCCAUCGAGCCACCUCAGCCUCCACGCCCUCUUGCCCCUCUACCAUCCCAGAAGCCACCUCCUGGCACCGUCCUCAUCUCGACCAUCGUACCUGCCGAUCAGUGGGAAAAGGUCAAGUGGCCUGAGCUGGCAGCGGGUGUACCUUGGUGCGAUGAGUGGGGCAAAGAUGUGGCGGUCAAAAAGGAGGCUGAAGGAUCAGAACCCUCGGCUCCUACGCCUCCCAAAAAACCUCAGCUGUUGAAUCUCGCAACGGUGGACUUUUUGCCCGCCGAAGGGAAUCUGAGAGCGGCGACAAUCAGGCUUGGCGAGGUGGACGACAAUCUCUGGCGGCGGCUGAAGAGUAUCAUCGAACAAGUGGAGCGAGAGGAGAUGGCCCAGUUGGUCGCAAACGGCGUGAUCCCUCGACCACCGUCCCCUGCUGCCGGUCAGCCUACACUGCAUCCGUCGAGUAUUGCGACUGUUCGAGCUGCAUACAAAACGCACAAGACCAGUAUCUUUUCUUCCCUCACCCCGCGUACGCGCGCACCUCGCAAAUUCUUGCGUAUGCGACUCCCUUCCCCGCCGCCUGCGUUGGUCGACGCUUCGGUAGACCGCAUGGCCCCUCGAUCUUAUCCCAUCUCCACCAAACCUCUUUACCAUGCGGACGAAACUGAUGGGGACCAACAAAGGGUCAGUAUCAUCCGGCUUACACCCGAGAUUGAUCUGGGUGAUGGACUGGGGCGCAAGGGGAAGAAGAAGAAGGCAGAGACGCAAGUUGAAUUUGAGAUGCCUGUUUCGUUGGAAGCGCUGGAUGAGAGGGUGGAAGCGGGAGCGAAGAAGGCGUUGGGGAAGAGGGGCCGAGCGUCAGGGGGAGAGGGAGCUAGGAAGGAGAAGCAGAAGAGAGGGGUGGAGGGAGGGGUUUGUGAAGGAUGUGCGCGGGAGGGAAUCAAGGUAUGGCGAAGAGGUCCCACGGGGAAGGGAACGCUGUGCAACACCUGUGGCGACUUGUUUACCGAGGGAAAGUUGAAGGAUGCCGACCUGAAGGCGCCUGGCGCGAUGAAGGAUAUCCUUGCUGCCUCUGCCAAAAAGGGCAGAGGGAGGGGCAAAGAGGUGGCCGAGCCAUCUGGCGAUACGACUGCGCCUGUGGAUGGUGUCCCAGGUCCAAGUUCAUCUGAUGCGCCUGCCUCGGCUGCUCCACCAGCGACCUCUGCUUUGCCGACAGAGGCUCCCAACUCGGGCGUUGCUACCCCGGCUACCGUCGAUGGAGAGAAAGCAGUGCCACCAGCGUCUGCACCUGUGCCCCCAGCACCCUCUGAGCCAGCCGCAAAUGUUGGGAAGGAAGGUCCUGACGUCAGCAUGUCAGAGAUUACUCCAGUCGCAGCCGUCGGUGGCUCCAAGGAACCUGCGAAAGUCAAUCAGCCUGAUCAGAAAGCAGAAGUUAUCGGAACGCCGACAAGUGCUGCUCCUUCACAAGUUGACGCUUCGACCAUCAAGCCUAGCAGUACGGGUGAUGGCGAGUAA